AUGAUCAGGUCAAUCCAGGGUGCUCAGCGCUUGGAUUCGCGAGGACACCCAACUGUUCAAGUUGACCUCACUACGGACAAAGGCACCUUUCGGGCCAUCGUUCCUUCUGGUGCGUCUACAGGUGCGAAGGAAGCCAUUGAACUGCGGGAUGGGGAUAGUCCUGCAUAUGGCGGCAAGGGAGUCCAGAAAGCUGUUACGAACAUCGGACUAGUCAUUGGUCCUGCUCUAGUACAGAGUGGGCUCAAGGUCGAUACAGACCAGAAAAUGAUAGAUUGUCUUCUCAAGCAUCUAGACGGUACGGAAAACAAGUCAAAGCUCGGGGCGAACGCGAUUUUGGGUGUCAGCAUGGCAUGUGCCAGAGCCGGUGCCGCAGAUUUAGGAAUUCCGUUAUACGAGUUUCUUCGACGCGAGUCUGGAGCGAAAAAGCCAUUUGUGAUGCCAGUGCCGUUCUUCAAUGUCAUAAAUGGAGGUGUGCAUUCGACUAACAAGAUGGGUUUCCAAGAGACUAUGAUCGCUCCCGUUGGAGCGUCUUCUUUCACGCAAGCAGUACGAAUGGGUUGCGAGGUUUACCAGCAGCUAAAGAAGGUCAUUGUUGAGAAGUUUGGAUCAUCUGCGAUCGGUAUUGGGGAUGAAGGAGGGUUCGCACCACCUAUUUUUCAGCCUCAUGAGGCGCUAGACCUCCUGGUCGAAGCCGCCUCUCUUGCUGGUUAUACCGGCAGGAUAAAAUUCGCCCUUGAUCCUGCAUCGACCGAAUUCUACAGCGAUGGGAUCUAUGAUAUCGGAUUCAAAGACGACAAGCCUAGCUUGCAAAAGCCAAAGCACCUCACAGACCUGUAUCGCUCAUUGCUGCAAAAUUAUCCUAUCGUUUUACUGGAAGAUCCCUUUGCCGAAACGGAUUGGGGCAGUUGGGCUGAAUUUAACAAAGGAUGUUCAGCCGAACUGGUCGGAGAUGAUUUAUUGGCCACGAAUACGAAAUACGUGAAGAAGGCCAACGACACGAGAGCGUGCAAUUCUAUGCUGCUCAAAAUCAACCAAAUAGGUACCAUCUCCGAAGCAUUAGAGGCGGCGAAUUUGGCCUACAGUUUUGACUGGAGUGUUUUCGUGUCCCACCGGUCGGGGAGACGACCGAUGAUUUCAUUGCAGAUUUGGCAGACGGGUCAUCUUAAAUCUGGGGCACCCUGUCGGGGCGAGAGAGUUGCUAAGUAUAAUAGACUCAUGGAUAUCGAGGCAGAUCUUUUGAGAAAGGGCGAAGAAUGCCUCUAUGCUGGUUCCCAAUUCAGGGUGGCAUCGAAGUAUUGA